AUGUCGCCCACCGACUCUCACGACAGCGAGCCUCGCCGCUCCAUUGAGACAUUGCAGAUACAGGAUGACAACGCCGCCGGCGGGACAAGUCUCCCGCCAACAGACCACGGCCGCGAUGCGUAUUUGGCCCUCGCCUGCUGCACCGUCGCCCAGGCGCCAAUCUGGGGCAAGCCAACCCCUCCCUCGCUGAAGCUCUUCUCUUCCAUCCCUUUUGCCACAGGCUAUUCCGUCGCCUUUGGCAUCUUCCAAGAGUACUACACCAGCGACGAGAGCCCCAUUAAGGCGCCGCCCGGCGCCUUCGCCACCAUCGGUGCCCUCCAGAUGGGUGUCAUGUACCUCAUGAUGCCCGUCGCCUUCAUGGCGCUGAGCUGGUUCCCGCGGCUGCGCCCUUGGUGCGGCCCGCUGGGGCUGGCCGUCACCGUCGCGAGCCUCUGCGCGUCGGCGUACGCGACCACCGUCGGCGGCCUCAUCGCCACCCAGGGCGCGCUGUACUCGGUCGGCUGCGGGCUCCUCUUCAGCCCCGUAUCCCAGUACAUGGACGAGUGGUUCUCGGCCCGCAAGGGCCUCGCCUACGGCGUCAUGUGGGCCGGCAAGUCGCUCGUCGGCAUGAUCAUGCCCUUCGUCUUCAGCGGCCUGCUCGCCCGCCUCGGCCUGCGCGCCACGCUGCUGUCCUGGGCCGGCGCGUCCGCCGUGCUGACGCUGCCGACGCUCUUCUUCCUCCGGCCGCGCGUGCCGCUGCGCCUGCAAGCCGCGCGCCGCCGCGUGUCGCUCGGAUUCCUCCGGCAGACGUCGUUCUGGAUGAUGCAGGUCGGCAUCGUGCUGCAGGCGCUCGGCUACGUCAUGCCGAGCACGUACAUGGCGAGCUAUGCGACCGACGUCGGCUACGCGUCCAUCACGAAGCCGAUCCUCAUCUCCAUGUUCUCGCUGUCCGGCACCUUUGGCGCGCUCUUCCUCGGCAUGAUGAGCGACCGCCUUGACGCGACGCGGGUCGUCCUUAUCUCCGCCCUCGGCAGCGCGGCGCCCGUCUUCCUUCUCUGGGGGCUCAGCCGGCACCUCGCCAACGUCAUCGCGUUCGCGCUCGUGUACGGCUUCUUCGCGGGCGGCUUCAGCUCGACGUGGACGAGCAUGACGCGCGAGAUCCAGCGCGACGACCGGACGGCCGAUCCGUCGCUGCUGUUUGGCUUGCUCAUGGGCGGGCGCGGCGUUGGAUUUGUCGCGGGCGGGCCGCUGAGUGUAUGGCCCAAUGAUUCUCUGUACAGGGCUGACUGCCAUCUUGUCCGCGUGGGCCCCGUUCUGGAAGAUCUCCAAGAUGCUCAAGUCGAGCGCGAAUCCGUCCAGGGUCAGCACAACUUGAAGAAGCUGCUUUGCUCUCCUCCCGCUGUUCAACCUUGCAAUCCGAAUCCGCAACCGGAUCUGCUAGAAACACAGCAAAAUCUCCCUGUUGAAUCAUUGAAUCAAAGGACAAAAGUUUUGAAAAUACCGCCUGCCAUCUCAGAAAAAGAAGAGCUAUUGCUCAAACGUAUGGAAAAAGACGAAGAUUGGUGGAAAUACAUAUUAGAUUUUCAGAACAGCCACUCGGACCUUAGUCGGAAUCUACACAAUGUAAUUCCCGAGCUUUCCAACGCUGGAAGAUUCCACAACGAGCACGCUACGGUCGCCCAGGCCUUGGCAACAACAAGAGCUGUCCAGGAUCGGGAAAGUCUUUUCUUUGUCAAAUCCUUGCUUCGGCCGUUGUGGAUGGAGGCUGGCAAGCGUACGCUGGGUAUGCCAACAGUCACCCAGCUGAACCGAAGCCGCGCGCAGAUCAUCUACACGUCUCCCCAGAAUGAGCAAUGUAAGGAUGCCAUCAAGCGAUUUAAGCUCUCAAACCCGGAAAAACGAGUUUGCCGGUUGUAUGGCUACAACAGAGAAUUGCAAGCUCUAAUCCGCAGCGAUGACGAGGUUGAACCAGACCAGGAUGAUGGGCCCAACAGCAAUGUCGCCACCAAAUUUCACAAAGCUCUAAAUCAGCUCAUGGAAAAAUCGGCACUUAAGCACGAAGACCCGAGAAACCCGCGGUUGGAUCCUGAUAGCCUAUCAUCACUUGUGCGCGCAACCGCAAGAGGCGAGGAUCUUCGAGAAUUGAAAAUGAGCUGGGAUCUUUGGAGAGAAGACAAGCCGCAAUGGUUUUAG